AUGGAUUUCGUCAGGGGUUUUUGGAGGAAGCAUAGAAGGAAGGUUUUGGUGACGGCUGGUUGUUUAGGAAGUGGUUAUUUGCUCUACAAACUAUACAAUUCCCAUACUCGUAAGCUUGCUGAUUUGGAAAGAGAACUCGCUCACCAGCGUGAAAAUGACGAAUUCAUUAAAAACCAAAUGAAGGCACAUUUCGAGAAUAUUCAGUUGAUUGUGGAUUCGACCACACUGCCUCACGCAAUGCAGUAUUUGAGUAUUCGUAUAAGCGAGGAGAUUGAUGUCUCUGAUGUUAUGGAGAGACUGGACAAAGGGAAAGGAAUGUUGAGUUCUUCCGAGAAGCUUCAGUUCUGGGACGAGCUCAAGAUUUUGAGUUUCACGAGGAUGGUUUUGUCUCUGUGGUCUGUGACAUUGCUUAGCUUAUACAUUAGGGUUCAAGUCAACAUUUUAGGCAGACAUUUGUAUGUUGACACCGCACGAGCUCUUGGCAGCUCUCGUUUACUUGAAGAUUUAGAUCUCAUUGAUAGAAAUGAUGAACAGAAGUAUUUGUCAAGUGCUGAUUUUCUUGUCACCAAUGCAAUGCCAGGUUUGAUUUCAGAUAUGCAGGAUGCAGUCAGGGAAGUUCUUAAAGGAAAGCAGUUAAAAGAUGUAAUUACCACAAGAGUUCUUCAAGAAACUGUGAUGCGGGUUAUGGAUGUGUUUAUGAGCACUGGAAGUCCACAUCACUGGGUUGAUUAUUUAAUGAUGCCUCAAGACACAAGUGGCUCUUCGGAUGAAGCUAUGUCCAAGUUUCAACAACUCAUGGUUGAGACCCGAGAAGUACUCAUCAGCACUGAAUUCACAGAUAUAGUGGAAAUUUCGCUCAAGUGUUUUACAGACGCGUUGGUAGAGGAAAUGGAAACGCAGACUAUAGCAGGCGGUUUGGUUACAGGGAAACCAUUGGCAAAGGUCUUACCACAGAUUGAGAAGACAAUGCAUGUGAUUACAGCUGAACCAAGCAAGAACCGGUUCUUACACCUCAUCAAAGAUCUGCCUGAAGUUAAACUCUUUUUUACUCUUUUAUACGCUAAUAUGCCGCAAUAGCAACUUUUGUUUGUUCUCUUAGCAUUCCCCAAAGGGUCUUAUUAGCUUGAAAAGAAAUGCAGGAAUUUUUGUGUGUUUGUUGAGUUUGUAGAAUCAAAGUUGACUUCAUUGCUUUGUUUUGAUUAGAAAGAAAACAUAUUUUUAACUGGACA